AUGGCCGUGAUUAAGAAAUCGAUCUUGGAGAGGCUCCCAGGCAAGCUCCCGACCGCAAGCAUACCUGAAGAAGGCGACUGGGACUCCAUUGCUGAGGAAGUUGUGAAAGACCUCAGCAAUCUUUCCACAUCUUCGUUGGCUGCCGAUGCCAUUUGGCGCGACAGUUAUGCCCUCACUGGCACCUUUCGAACAUUCUAUUCUAACGCCACCAUUGCACGAGAAUGGGCCUUAUUAAGCAAACAGCACGGCAUCUCGUCUGUGAAGCUCAUUCCGGGGUCCAGUAGAGUCGUCAGGACUGGAAAUAAAUACGCCUGGCUCGACUGCAAAUUUCUAUUCACUGCUACAAACCCAGCCACCGAAUGCUCCGGAUACCUUUCCUUGGUACCAUCCGAGGGCGGCAAAUGGAAGAUCUGGGUCUUGAGGACAGUCUUAGAGCAACUUAUAGGCCAUGGAAACGUUGACUCACUUGCACCGACUCUCUCAGAUGGCAGGACCAACGGAUUCGCAAACGGGACCACCAAUGGAUCUCAAAAUGGACUUACAAAUGGGCAUUCUGCCACAGCGCUAAACGGAUCUUCAACUUAUGAUACGUACGCUGUCAUAAUCGGCGGAGGGCAGUCUGGCUUGAGCACUGGUGGCCGGCUGCAGGCUUUAGGCGUUCCGUAUGUGAUUUUGGAAAAACACAGCAGUGUAGGGGAUGCUUGGAAAACCAGAUACACGUCGGCAAGGCUGCAUACAGUUCGAGAGUACUCACAUCUACCAUUCGAUCGAACCUUUGGGCCUGAGUACCCAGAGUACCUAGGAAAGGAGGAACUGGCAAAAGGACACAAAGCCUGGGCGGUGAAAUAUGGCAUAAACAUAUGGCUUUCGACAACUGUGGAUUCCGGCUCUUGGGAUAACCAGACGCAGACAUACACUCUGAACAUUCGCAGAGCCGGCGUCGAAUCAAAGGUGACUGCAAAACACGUGGUCAUCGCAACUGGAGCAGGAUCGCAAACGCCGGUGAUGCCUGUGCUCCCCAACCGGGAGAAAUAUCGGGGACUUGUCCUGCAUUCUGCGGACUAUGUUUCGGCCAGUGAGUGGAAGGGGAAGAAGAAUGGCAUUGUCGUUGGUACUGCAAAUACGGGGCACGACGUUGCCGACGACAUGUAUGAGGCUGGCAUGAACGCGACCAUGGUUCAAAGGAACCGCACUUACGUUCUUCCAGUCGAAUAUAUUGCGGAUCGCUAUCAUGCACUAUAUAACGACAAGCUGCCUACCGAGGUUAGCGACCGCAUUAUGUUCACUAAUCCAGUUUCCAUCGCUCGACUCACCUCGGCUGAGGCUUUUCAUACGAUGGCAAGGGGGCAACCAGAACGUUGGGAUGCUCUUGAACGAGCCGGCUUCAAGGUCGAUCCCUAUGGAGAUAUCCAAGAUGCCAUCAAUGUUCGCUUAGGUGGCCAUUAUAUCGAUGUUGGAACAUCUGCCAAAAUCUCAAAAGGCCUAAUCAAGGUCAAGUCUGACUCGCCGAUUGCCUCCUAUACUGAGGACGGGCUUCUAUUCGCGGAUGGCACCGAAAUCAAAGCCGAUGUAAUCGUUUUUGCGACCGGAUUCGUGGGCAAUUUGAAGCAGCAUGUUCAAAAGUUUUUCGGUGACGAGGUUGCUGAAAGAGCGGGCAAUUGCUUUGGACUAAAUGAAGAAGGAGAAAUUCUAGGGGCUUUCAAGCCAACGAAGCAGCCCGGCUUGUGGUAUAUGGGUGGUGCCCUUGGGCAUUCAAGGUAUUAUUCUAGGUAUUUGGCUCUGUCAAUCAAGGCCGAUCAGUUGGGAACACCUCUGCCUGUUUAUCUGGAGAACCAACAUAGACUCGAUUCUGAGUAA